GCGUGCGCGUCAGCUGGGGCUAGAAAAGGCGGCGGCCCGGUCCGGCGAGGUGACAGCCGGACUUGGAUGCCUUGUCGGGCCGACGCCGCCAUGAGCGCUGCGCUUUUCAGCCUGGACAGCCCCGCGCGCGGCGCACCCUGGCCCACGGAACCCUCCGCCUUCUACGAGCCAGGCAGAGCGGGCAAGCCGGGCCGCGGGCUCGAGCCGGGAGACCUGGGGGAGUCGGGCUCCACGGGCCCUGCCAUGUACGACGACGAGAGCGCUAUCGACUUCAGCGCCUACAUUGACUCCAUGGCCGCCGUGCCCACCCUGGAGCUGUGCCACGACGAGCUCUUCGCCGACCUCUUCAACAGCAACCACAAAACGGCCGGCACGGGCGGUCUGGAGCUGCUGCCCGGCGGCCCCACGCGACCCUCAAGCUCCGGUUCAGUCGUCCGGGGCCCGCUCAAGCGUGAACCCGAUUGGGGCGACAGCGACGCGCCGGGCUCCCUUCUGCCCGCGCAAGUGGCCUUGUGCGCGCAGACCGUGGUGAGCCUGAUGGCCCCGACGCAACCCACACCGCCCACGUCGCCCGAGCCCUCUCGAGGCAGCCCAGGGCCGAGUCUCGUGCCCGGCCCUGUCCGAGAGAAGGGCGCGGGCAAGAGGGGUCCGGACCGCGGCAGUCCCGAGUACCGGCAGCGGCGUGAGCGCAACAACAUCGCUGUGCGCAAGAGCCGCGACAAGGCCAAGCGACGCAACCAGGAGAUGCAGCAGAAGCUGGUGGAGCUGUCGGCGGAGAACGAGAAGCUGCACCAGCGCGUGGAGCAGCUCACGCGGGACCUGGCCGGCCUCCGGCAGUUCUUCAAACAGCUGCCCAGCCCGCCUUUCCUGCCGCCCACCGGCGCCGACUGCCGGUAACAUGCGGCGUGGGCUUCAGAGACUCCAAACGACCGAUACCUCAGACCCCGAAGGCCGGCCAGGAGCAGCGCAGCCAGAGCUGCUGCAGUUCCUUGGGGUGUGUGAGCGACCGGAAGCUGCAGCUUGGACACUGGACUGCGAGAAAACUAUAAGUCUUCCUCCCCCUCCCCCUUUAAAUUAUUUUUAUAAUGGUAGCGUUUUCUACGUCUUAAUACCAUUGCAGCUAUGGUACAUUUGUAGAAAGAAGACUUUCCGACACUUUUGUAGAUAAGUGGAAGAGACUGCGCAUGCUUUUUAUAUCAAUUUUUACAAUAUUUGUAAGAAUAAAGAAGCAUUAAAAUCGC